AUGUUUCGGCGACAAACCAUCAGUCUUGCGAAACAUUUCGCAACAGCGACUACAGUUAAUCCUAAACAAAGCAUAAAUAUAAAUUCUACUGAAAAAAUUUCGAAACUACCAAAUGGAUUGACUGUCGCAUCUGUAGAUACAGGAGGAGUUAUUUCGCAAUUAAUAAUGGGUUAUCGUGCGGGAUCACGAUACGAACAGUAUGAUGAAGCUGGUCUAACGCAUCAUUUGCGUAAUGCAGUUGGUACGGAUUCGGCGAAUUACGAAAGCUCCUUAAUGCUAUGGCACUGUGGAAGCGCUGGAGCACGUUUAAUUUCUUCCUUAACUCGAGAUUUAUUUAUGGUUCAGAUGUCGAUCGUUCGUGAUCAUGCUUCAAUUGGCCUUUCUCUAUUGGGUGAAUUGUCUCAACCAGCUUUAAAACCAUGGGAUAUUGAAGAUCGUAAUGAGACUUUAUUUGUCGACCUCGAUUAUCUCACUCCUCUGGAGAAACUAAUGGAAAAACUGCAUUACGCUGCCUAUCGUGAAGGUCCUCUUGGCAACAGACUAUUUGCAGAAAGAGAUAGAGUUGGAAAAAUCACCUUCGAUCAGUUACAGAACUAUGCUGCAUCGCGACUUGUAAGUGGGCAAACGAUUCUCUUUGGCUUUAAUAUAGAUCACAAUCAAAUGCUGAAAUAUGCUUCUGAGCAGCUAAAUAUGAAUGAAUCGUCUGGAAAAGCUGGUGCUCCAUCCCCUUAUUAUGGUGGAGAAAUUCGUUACAAGCAAGAUAUACACGAUGUGCAUGUUGCUAUUGCUGGGCAGGGGAAUUCGUUGAAAGAUUCCAAGGCACUGGCUGUUCAAGCAGUUUUUAGCGCCGCUUUAGGUCAGGGACCAUCCACCAAAUAUUGUUGUCAUUUCGGUGGUCACGGCAUUGUUGCUGAAGCUGUCUUUAAAGCUUCAAAUAGUUAUCCUUUCGGGAUAGCAGCAAUUAACGAGGUCUAUUCGGACAAUGGCCUGGUUGGUAUUUAUUUAACUUGUGAUGGUGAUCGUGCUGCUCCGUUAAUUGAUGCAGCGAUAAAAGCCAUUAAAAACUUUUCGAUCAGUGAAGCAGAAAUACGUAAAGCAAAGUGA